UAAUUUCUUUGACGUUCUAACCAUAGAUGUUGUUUAUGAAGACAACAUAUAAUAAGAGUUAAACUAGUUUAAAUUCCUAAAAUCGUAAUAUGCCACUACAGGUGAUAUAGUUUUCAUACUGCGCGCGAGUCAGUUUGCUUUGAAACAUAUUUAAGCGCUCGCUCGCGCUCAUUAGUAAAUUGACCGUUACAAAUCUAACCGCUCGCCUCAUCGUGUAGCCUUCUCGACGACUGUACUCGGUCAAAUUACAUUUUAAACACCUCUCUCUUAAAAAAAUAAGUUUAAAGCAGUAUGGAUGCAGGUGAUGCGAGUCAACCAAUCACUCAGUCUGCAGAAUAUGAACAGGCACCAUUAGUUAUUUGCAAAGAGAACACAAAAGGGGAUCUACCUGACUCUUCAACCAGUGCACAUCUUGGUGACUCUCCAAACGAUGAAGAUGCAAAACAGAAGUUGGAUGUUGAGAUAUCCGCAAGAAAUAUUUUCAACAAUAGCAAUGCAGGCCCUUUCAUCUCUGUCAACCAGAGUGGCGGUGUCCAGUUUAUCCCCUGCCAGCAGAGAUAUGAUACCUUCACUUCCUGGCCUGGGUCUCCCAUAAUGCAGUAUGCUGUCCACUCCAGCAAUGGCACUUACAUUGUAUCUGAAGAUAAGGGCCAAGCCACCGCUGGAGGUAUGUCUGCGUAUCAGAUUUCCUCUCCUGCAUCUGGCCUUUCCCAGGCAAUGGACGGCUCACCUGGCUCUCUGCCAAGCCCUCAGCAUCUGACUGUGGAAGCAUCACGUAAGAGGGAACUCCGACUGAUGAAAAACAGGACGGCAGCCAAAGAGUACAGACGCAGGAAGAAGGACUAUGUGCGGAGCUUAGAGAUGCGCAUCGCCGUCAUUGAAAACCAGAAGCAGAAAAUGACAGAAGAGCUGGACAGUCUAAGGCAAAUGUGCGCUGGAAAGUCCAGUUCAAUUUAGUGGCACACUAAACUGCUGCAAUCUGUUUUGAUUCUGUUUUACUGUAAAAUAUUGUUGUCAUAUGUGUGUUUUAUAUCUUCUGUGAAAAUUGAACAGUAGACCAGCACUGCCUAUUCACAUUAGGCUUUUUUGAAGAUUUUAUAUUGACAAUUGGACUAUAUAUUUCAAAUAUUUACUGUAUCUACUUUAAGAGAAAUAUUUAAUUUAAUAUCAAAGGACCGCUUAUAUGAGUCAUUCACAAACACACCAGCUCCAAAACUGAUAUGAAUACAGCUACUGUAUAUACUUACUGUAAUAAAUAUAGGAUAAACAGAUAUGUGUUGUAUAGAUGAAGUGUUUUUGUGUUUAUGGCAUAUUAAUCCAAAGUUAAGUUCAAAAAUGUAACUAAAUACACCAAAUAUUAUAACAAAAAUGAAAUAUUGUUUGUAACAAAUAUAUAUUCUUGAAUCCUUCCGGGUGGUUUUUCAAGUGGCACAGUCCUUCAGAGUUUCCACUGAGACUAUUAGCACAGUUUUAUGUUUAUCUUUAGCUUUUGUUUAAAUAAAUGUAUCUAGCUUUCCAUUUAAUGGCGUUUUGUUGUUGCUUUUUAUGUUGAGAGAUCUGUGUUUGGAAAUGUUUCACAGUGCAGUUAUUAAUAACUGUAACUUUUGUGUGUGUGUGUGUGUAAUAUAAUUACUUUUAAAUGUU